AUGUCACUCACAGCUGUGAAGGGAAGAUGUGCACCGUAUGGGAACUAUAUUUGCCACACAUUUCAGGGAGGCAGCUGGGCAGACAGAUCCCCUCUGCAUGAUGCUGCCUUCCAAGGACGCCUCCUGUCUUUGAAAACCUUGAUUGCACAGGGUUUCAAUGUGAACCUGGUGACGACAGAUCGGGUCUCGGCUCUCCACGAAGCCUGCCUGGGUGGCCAUGUGGCCUGUGCAAAGCUGCUGCUGGAGAACGGUGCUCAGGUCAACGCAGCCACUAUUGAUGGGAUCACUCCUCUGUUUAAUGCCUGCUGCAGUGGCAGCGUGGCUUGUGUCAACAUGCUGCUUGAAUUUGGAGCCAAGCCACAGCUCGGGAACCACCUUGCUUCACCCAUUUACGAGGCAGUCAAGAGAGGUCACCGAGAGUGCAUGGAGGUCCUUCUGGCCCACGAGGUUGACAUUGACCAAGAAGACCUGCAGCACGGGACCCCGCUCUACGUGGCUUGCACGUACCAGAGGACAGACUGUGUCAAGAAGCUGCUGGAGCUCGGAGCCAACGUGAAUGCGGGGAAGCGAUUAGACUCCCCUCUCCAUGCGGCGGCAACAAAAUCCAGCGUGGAGAUAGUUGUCUUGCUGGCAGACUAUGGUGCUAACCUGAAAGGCAGAAAUGCAGAUUUCAAAUGUGCCCUGGACCUUGCUGUACCCAACAGCAAAAUAGAGCAGGCACUCCUACUUCGGGAAGGUCCUGCCAGCCUUGCCCAGCUGUGCCGGUUGUGUAUCAGAAAACAUCUGGGUCGGUCGUGCUUAUAUGCAGUCCCUAAGCUGCACCUGCCUGAGCCACUUGAGAACUUUCUUCUAUACCGAUAAGUUUGUGACUAUAUUUACACUGGAAAAGAAAGAGGAACAAAUGGUUGUUUACUCCAAAAUAUUAUA